AUGGUGCAGGGUCUGAGGGACAAAACAUAUCAUGGGAGUUCGAAGGAACUGAAUAAGUACAGCCUGAAGGACAGAAGGGAAAUGGGGGACAUGAUGGAACCCUUUAAAAAGAUUAAGGCUGUGAAUAAGAUUUGGAAGACCGUGUUUUCAAUAUUAAGCAAAAAUCAAGAACACAGAGACAUAACCUCAAACUGGCUGGAAAUCUUUUUUCAGAAUUACCAGCAUGUCCUGGCCUUAGCGUUUACUCUAAAAGAGAUCAAUGAACAUCGUCAGAUCCUACCCAAUGUCACGCUGGGCUUCCACAUUUUUAACAGCCAUUUCAGUCCAAGCUGGACUUACUUCGCCUCAAUGCUUCUGCCUUUCACUCACGGCAAAUUCAUCCCUAACUACAAGUGUGGGGUCCCAAAACAUUUGGCUGCAGUAAUUGGGGGACCGGAUAUCUCUCUUCACAUGGCAGCUGUAUUGUGCAUCUACAAAGUUCCUCAGUUGACCUAUGGUUCUGCUCCAGCCAUGGAGAAAGAGACUCAAGCAGUUUUCUUCCAGCAGAUGUUUCCAGAUGAAUCCCAUGAACAUAAGGGCCUCAUGCACCUAUUGAAGUACUUAAGAUGGAUCUGGGUUGGGAUUCUUGUAGUCAAGGAUGAGAAAGCAGAGAAAUUUGUCCAGGAGGUGGUCCCUUCCUUUUCCAAGUAUGGCAUCUGCACUGAGUUCAUAGCAGAGUUACCAAACAUAGAUUUCUAUAAUGAUUUUACGGAUAUUAUGGAAGAAGGACUAAAGAUAUACCAUGUUCUCAUGAAGAGCAAGGCCAACGUGAUAAUUGUAUAUGGUAAAAUUCAGACCAUAACAGUUCUGAGAAGUUUCCUCCGGUUUUCAGAAGUGGAAGACAUACCAAAGAAGCAAAAGAUCUGGCUUAUAAAUGCUCAGACAGAUUACACUUCAAUGUCCCUUCAUAAAACUUGGGAUGUCAAUUUCCUACAUGGGGCUUUAUCCUUUGCAGUUCAUACAAAAGAGGUCCAGGAUUUCCAGGAAUUUCUUCACAAUCUAAGUCCAAAAUAUGACCAUCACGAUUAUUUUCGGAAAGAUUUCUGGGAACAGGCAUUUGGUUGUUUCUUCUCUACUUCAAAAAUGGAGACAUCUGAGGUAACUUGUACAGGACAGGAGAAGCUUGGGACCUUUCCUACAUCUGUGUUUGAAACAUGCAUCAGUGGACAGAGUUACAAUAUUUACAAUGCAGUCUAUGCUGUGGCACACGCUUUGCAAUCUCUAUAUUUAUCCAAGUCCAGACACAGAACAAUUGUGAAAAAAGGAAGGAAACAGUUUCACAAUCAACUGUGGUGGCAGGUUCAUUCUUUUCUGAGAAGUGUCAGAUUCAACAACAGUGUUGGUGAGAAGAUCUCCUUUGAUAAAAACGGACAAUUCAUUGGUGGAUAUGAUAUUAUCAACUGGAUCUCAUUCCCAAACCAAUCCUUUGUUAGGAUCAAAGUUGGGAUGAUCGAUCCCACAGCUCCAGAGAACAAGUUCUUCAAUAUUUCUGUAGAUUCCAUCACGUGGUCAGUAGGAUUUAAUCAGGCAUUACCUCUAUCUCUAUGUAAUGAUCCUUGUGAGACAGGAUACAGCAAGGAAAAGAUAGAAGGGAAGUCAUUUUGCUGCUAUGCUUGCCAUCUGUGUCCAGAGGGGAAAAUAUCAAAGGAGAAGGAUGUGGAUGACUGCUUUCCAUGUCCAGAAGAUCAAUAUCCAAAUCCUGAGAAAAAUAUGUGCAUUCCAAAGCGGAUCACUUUUUUGUCCUAUGAAGAACCCUUGGGGAUCAGUCUGACCAUUCUUUCCCUUUGCUUUUCCUUAAUGACAACUUUGGUCAUCACAAUCUUCAUGAAACACAAAGACACUCCCAUCGUCAAAGCCAACAACCGGAAUCUCACCUACCUUCUCCUAGGUUCCCUCCUUCUCUCUUUUCUUUGUGUCUUUCUAUUUCUCGGGAGACCCAAUACGAUUGUGUGUCUCCUUCGACAGCCAUCUUUUGGCCUCAUAUUUUCUGUGGUGGUUUCUUGUGUCUUGGCCAAAACCUUUGUGGUGGUUCUCGCAUUCAUGGCCACCAAACCUGGAUCCAGAUUGAGGAAAUGGGUGGGGGGAAGAAUGGUCACUUUCAUUCUUCUAGCCUGCUCCCUUGUUCAAACGUGUGUUUGUGCUGCGUGGUUGAUAACGUCCCCACCUUACCCAGAUUUCGAUGCACACUCGAUAUCUGAAGAACUCAUCCUGGAGUGCAAUGAAGACUCAGUCAUGUUCUACUGUGUUUUGGGCUUUAUGGGUUUUCUUGCUCUAGUUAGCUUCUCUGCUGCUUUCCUAGCUAGGAAGUUACCUGACAGUUUCAACGAAGCCAAAUUCAUCACCUUCAGCAUGUUGGUCUUCUGCAGUGUUUGGCUGUGCUUUAUCCCAACCUAUUUAAGCACAAGGGGAAAAUAUACGUUGGCUGUGGAGAUCUUCUCCAUGAUCUCCUCCAGUGCUGGCUUAUUGAUGUGCAUCUUCCUUCCCAAGUGUUUUAUCAUUGUGAUGAGACCUGAACUGAAUGAUAAACAUCAGCUCAUGAAGAGAAAGUUUUAACAAAUCUUUCCAUUUGCCUGAUAUCCUUUAUAUAUAAAUAUUGGAGAUUUUCCCCACUGGAACAUUUAAGCCAGGGAACAAUGUGCAAUAUAGAAGAUUGGCCUUCUAUAUUGUCCUGUGUCUGAGAUUUAAGUUAGAUCAGAACUUUUUUUCCUUCUGGAAGGCAGUUAUAAAUGGGGAUCAUAAAAGCAUACAGAUAAAUUGAUGUAUGGACAUAUUCAGUGGUGGGUUGCUACCAGUUCUCCCCAGUUAGCAAGAACCGGUAGUGGAAAUUUUUAGUAGUUUGGGGAACCGGUAAUACCACCUCUGCCUGGCCCCGCCCCCAAUCUAUCCCCACUCCCAGCUGAUCAGCUAGAAGGAAAAAUCAGGGCUCACUUGACAAAGAAGAGGAGGACAAAAACAAGACACUGUUGCUUUAAAUUGAGAAGCCUCCCAACUGAUUGGCUAGAAGGAAAAAAUCAGGACUCGCUUCUCAGCCAGGAGAUCACUUGGCAAAAAAGAAGGGGGGGGGAGAUGCCGUCGCUUUAAAUUGACAAGCCAAGAAGCAGCUGCUGGAAGGAGGUUUUUACUUGCAGAAGCGAAGUGACAUUCAGCAGUUCGUUUCUGGGUCAGUUGAACAACAAACUGGAUAAGAGGAGGGAUUCCUAUAUGGUUUAUGUUUUUGAAGUUUUGGGGUUUGUGCAACAUGGG